AUGUCAAACGUAGAAGAAGAAGUCAUACAAGGCAUGCAAUCUAAGGUUUUCAACUGCAACUACUGCCAUAGGGUCUUCACAACCUCACAAGCACUUGGCGGUCACCAGAACGGCCAUAGAAGAGAAAGAGAGCUUGUGAAGAGAGCUCAACGCCAUGCUCAGCUUCUUGCAAACCCAAUGCAUCAUCAUUCACUUCGGCUUACUAAUUCUCCUUAUAUCGACAGAAGAUCUUCUUUUCUUUAUGGUUUAGAAAGUGCUUCUCAUCAACUUCUUACACUCCCAUUGCCUCUAAUGAACCAUAAUCCUCUCUACUACCAACCUUAUUCUCUCCCAUAUGAGUAUUAUGGAGAGAGAAGGGGUGAAGUUAGGGUUUCUAGGUUUAAUGAAAUGCGUCAUGAACCAACUUUAAACGUGGGAAGAAAACCUUCUUCGAAUUCUACAUCUGUAAACUUGGAGUUGGCAUUGUUUAAGGGAAGUGAUAGUCAUGGAGAUCAUAUUGAUGGUAAGGAAAUUAGUGCAACAGAUGAAGAGAAGAAGAGUGAUGAAGUUGAUCUGACUCUCCAUCUUUGA